UCAAGUUUCUCUCUUGAAAAAAGAACCAAAUUUUCAGGGUAAUUGUGUUAUCAUUUUUUUAAUUUGUUGUGGUUUAUUUGAUUUGAUCUUCUGUGUAAUUGAUAUUAGUAUGAUUAAUUAAUGUGUUAGAUACAUUAGUAAAGGGUUAAUUAUCUUAUUUUUAUCUUUGUUUGUGGUCUAAUUUUAUCUGGGAUUGGACUCAUUGGAGUACUAAUUGAAUUUUGUGAAUUGGGAUAUUAUUGAUGAAAUGACAGUUAAUUACUAUAAAAAUAAUGGUAAUUUUGCUGUAAUUUCUGUUCUGUUUGACUGUAAUUGCAGAAGAAAAUCUGACCAUUCAUGAUGGAAUAUAUUAACAAUUUAUUUUUUUUAUGGGCACAAGUGCAAUGGUCUAUGUCUAUGGUGUGAAUGUGAUCCUGCUAUUCCAAGACAAUGUCACUAUCCAAAUUCACAGCUUUGUUACUCCGUCAAUCCGAUCACCAUGUCGUCUGCGUCCGAUCAACUCGUACCCUUUGAUCGGAAAGUCAAUUUUCGAAAAUGAGAUGUAAAACAUGUAAAAAUCAUAAUGAGCAAAUUGUGAUCGAGUACAUAUGAAUAUGAUAUGAUUUCAUUUUCAUUUCAUAUUCGUUUCCAUAUUGGUACGUCGACGAGUACAUAGAAAAAUUCAACAAGAAAGUCUCACACGAAGACGAACAACGAAGAAGAACGCAUUAGUUGAACAAAGCCUAAUUCACAUAUAAAGGGUGUGAAUAUUACCUAAUUUCAUUUCAAAUUAUUCAAUUUCAAUUCCAAUUUCUUCAAUUUCAAUUUUUUUAUACAAUUUUGGGAUGAUUUUUUGUUGAUUGCAUCGCAAGUUUUCUCCGCCAUUAAUCCUUCAAUUUCGACCUUCGUAAUUUCUCUCUCCUCUGUAAUUGUUGGCGAAAUUUCUGGGUUGAAGAAAUUUCUGUAAAAAAAAAUGAAGACUUCAUUGAAGAAAUUGCUUAAUCAUCAUAAUAAGCACAAUAACAAAGACAGAAAAAUUCAGCCUCUUGUUCAAUUGGAUGAGCUUGCUAAAGCUUCCGAGGCUAUGCAAGAUAUGAAAGACUGUUAUGAUAGUUUGCUUUCAGCUGCUGCUGCGGCAACAAAUAGUGCAUAUGAGUUUUCUGAAUCAUUGCGUGAGAUGGGUGUUUGCCUCCUUCAGAAAAUUGCAUUGAAUGAUGAUGAAGAAUCUGGUGAGUUUUCGAAAUUCGAUUUAAAUUCGAUUUGAUUUUCAUCUCUGAGCAGGCCACUUGAUUCAUCACCAGGACGAGAAAUAACCAACUUACUUCUUAAUUGAAGCUUAGCAAUAAGAGUUCUUGAUGAUGACCCUGUGCUCGAGUUUGUUGAAAUCUUGAUCCAAUCUAUUUUGCAUCAAUUAUCCAAAUUGCGUAAAGAUUGAGGAACUUAAUAAUACUUGAGUUUAAUCAUCUACUGUCUUUACUAGAUAGAGUAAAUGUCAAGGCCAGCAUUAUAGUUACUACAGGAGAAAGUUUAAAGUCAAUCAUUUCCAAAACUUGCACGAAAUCACACAUGAGAAAAAGAGUACGCAUCAUCAAAUAUAAGAGUAAAAAACAGGUUGAAUCCCAUCAUUCUCUCUCCUAAACAAUAAAUCCAAAGGCAGGUGAAUUCAG